UGCUGGUCCCACAGUGUGACUCUGGGUCCCUGUACCGCCUCCCAUUGCUGCCACUCUGCCAUGUGCCACUUUGAGGUCUCCUCACACUCCUGCUGGUUUCCAUUUUGUCAUAGGUUGCUGGCAGAUUACAGGCCUCCCAUAGGUGCCGCCAGGCCCCAAAUGGGCCAUGGGCCCCCGGACCGCCUGGUCACGCUGCUGCUGAGCCCACAGUGUGACCUGGGUCCCUGUACCGCCUCCCAUUGCUCCCACUCUGCCAUGUGCCACUUGGAGGUCUCCUCACACUCCUGCUGGUUUCCUUUUUGUCAUAGGUUGCUGUAUGGCCUCCCAUUGCUGCUGCCUCCACCGCCACACUGUGGCUCCAAACACUGGUUUUGGCCCCGUGACUGGCCAAAUGAGUGA